AUGUCGCCCAUCGUCGACCUUGUUCGCCCUCUCGUUAUUUCUGGGCCCUCCGGAGUCGGCAAGAGCACCCUCCUCACUCGCCUCUUCGCGGACUACCCAGACAGAUUCGGGUUCAGCGUUUCCCACACGACGCGCGCUCCGCGUCCGGGCGAAGAGGACGGGAGGCAUUACUACUUCACUACGCGCGAGAAAUUCAGGCAGCUGCUCGACGAGGGUGCUUUCAUUGAACACGCAGAGUUCUCCGGCAAUUACUAUGGCACAAGUUUCAUGACGGUGCGGCAGGUGUCGAGCACGGGUCGCCGCUGCAUCUUGGACAUCGAGGCGCAGGGUGUCCGCCAAAUCAAGCAGACCGACCUCAACCCGGUCUAUCUCUUCAUUUCGCCGCCAUCCCUGACAGCCCUCCGAGAGCGUCUUCGCGGGCGAGGGACGGAGUCUGAGGCGUCCGUCGCGAAGCGUCUGGCGACUGCCUUGAAAGAGAUCGAGUACGCGCAGGAGGGUGUCCACAACUACGUGAUCAUCAAUGAUGACUUGGAGAGGGCCUACGAUCUCUUUAAACGUGUUGCACUUGACGAGGAGAUACCCGGCGACUCACUGCCACCCCUGGACGAUUAA